AUUAUAUAAAGAAGGAUAGAUGGUGAGGGUUUUCUACCUUCUUCUAUCUAAAGAAAGUCUUUACACACAAAAAGAGUCUUUGCACACCAAACAAAACAGAAAAGAAAGAACCCAAAGAAAAACUUAGAAAAUUCAGAUUAAAUGGAAGAACAUCUGAAUUCAUUACCUGUGACUCAUCUUCUUCAACACACUCUAAGAAGCUUAUGCAUACACGAGAAUUCCCAAUGGGUUUAUGCUGUUUUUUGGAGGAUCUUGCCCAGAAAUUAUCCUCCCCCCAAAUGGGAUGGUCAAGGAUCUUAUGAUAGAUCAAGAGGGAACAGGAGAAACUGGAUCUUGGUUUGGGAAGAUGGGUUUUGCAACUUUGCAGCUUCUGCCGCGGAAGUUAACUCCGGUGAAUGUAGCGGCGGUGGUGACAGCUCUACGGCUUACGGAAAUAGUGAUUAUCAGCAAUAUCAAGGGCUUCAGCCUGAGUUGUUCUUCAAGAUGUCCCAUGAAAUCUACAAUUAUGGAGAAGGGUUGAUAGGAAAAGUAGCUGCAGAUCACAGUCACAAGUGGAUUUACAAAGAACCUAAUGACCAAGAGAUUAACUUCUUAUCUGCUUGGCACAAUUCUGCUGACUCAUACCCUAGGACAUGGGAAGCUCAGUUUCAAUCUGGCAUCAAGACAAUUGCCUUGAUUUCGGUUCGAGAAGGUGUUGUCCAGCUAGGAUCUGUUCACAAGGUGGUUGAAGAUUUGAGCAAUGUUGUGAUGCUAAGGAAAAAGCUGAGCUAUAUAGAAAGCAUCCCUGGAGUACUUCUUCCUCAUCCUUCUUCUUCUGGUUACCCUUUCAUCAACGCUUCUCCUUCUGACACGUGGCAUUUCCCCGGAAUAGCUCCUCCUCAGUCGCAGACUGAGCAUCACCAACAGCAUUUCUACCAUUCUGACCACAACCACCGCUUCUUGAUGAGCAACCACCACCAGCCGCAAGCGAUGAAGAUAACGCCGUCGAUGAGUAGCCUCGAGGCUCUUCUCUCGAAGCUUCCGUCUGUUGUACCUCCGGCGACGCAGCCGGGGUACUUUCCAUUUCACCACAGUGCUAAGGAAGAAAUGAGUCAAGAAGAUCCAAACGAUGCGUUUAGGUCUCAACGUAGGGACUUGGUUGGUGAGGGCAGUAAUAGUAAGAACAAUAAUCAUUACAAUAGUAAUGAUAGUUAUAACAAUAAUUGCAGCGAUAAUAAUUACGAUAGAGAGAACAAGAUCGGUGGGAUUCUUGGUCAGGAUUAUUGAGUGUAAUAAAUUUGUUUGUUCGUAUAAAUUGUACUAAGAUUUUCGUAGUCUGACAUUUUAUAAUUCUAAGAUUUUAUUACUUUUCUCUUGAUUGGCAAAAUAAAUAAAUAUUUCUCUUA